GAGUGUCUUCGCAAAGCUCAGGAAAUCUGCGCAAGUUCAUCAUGGGUUUGGAGUCGUCUUCUUCUUCACCAUACUCUCUUAGUUACUGGGAUUACCUCAAUCUGCUUCUUCUGCGGCCUAUUCUCGCUAUUGUAUUCGUCUUCUCCCUGAUUCUUCUAGGUUGGGUGUUGGCGUGGAAGCUAGUCCUGGUACACGUCCCGUUGGUGCAAGAGAUCUUCGGCCUGCGAAAGAAGACCGCAAAACCAAAACCCCCAGCUCGUCGGUUCUCUCAAUUCUACAACAGUAUCAAUUACAAAAAUUCGGCUUCUGGAAGUAGCUGCUCACAGCAAAAUUCUUGACCAAAAUGUUUGGGAGUUUGGAGUUCAAACCUUGAAUUUGGAUUUGUGUUGAUUUGGAUAUAAUAAAUAAAAGACUAUUUUAGGUUUCAUCCAAAUCCUCGCAAAUCCAAAUUCAAAACUUGAAAUUCAUGUUCUCAAACACAACAAAGUAUUCGAAGAGUGUGAACUAUGAAAGGAUAGUUCAAUUCCGGUGAAGAUAUUGACAUCACUAUUUCAGCUAAAACAGGUAGAAAAAAUUGGAUGAAGUUGCUGCUCGUAUGCAAAUUUAUUGAUUUGGCAAUUUAAAACUAUUAUUGUGAGAAAACUUUUGGUUGAAAAAUAAAGUAUGAAAUGAUUUUGUUUUUUCA